AUGGAACAACGGAUAACAGUAGCCGUUCGUAUUCGACCACCAUUAGAAAAAGAACGGUAUGAGCCUUUAUGUGCCCGUAAGGCAAAUGAUGGUCAAACAGUUAUUAUUAAAAACGAAGAAGCCAUAGGUGAACCUGUGACUUUUCAAUUUGAUGAUGUCUACGAUGGAGAGGAUGAUCAACAAUCUGUAUAUGAACAGUCCGUGCAGGAACUUGUAGACCACGCACUGGAGGGAGCCAACGUGACGGUUCUCACAUAUGGACAAACCGGUAGUGGUAAGACGUAUACAAUUCUUGGUAGUAUGUCGCAUGGGGAAUUAACACCGGAGUCUGGUAUAUUCCUUCGUGUUUUUCAUGAUCUGUUUUCCUACAGAAAAGCGGUGGAGAAGGAGUUACAUAUAAAUAUUUUUCUUUCAGCGGUAGAACUUUAUAUAGAGGAUGUGAUGGAUUUACUUUCACAACGAAAGAAAAUUAAAUUGCGUGAUACCCCAGAGGAAACACUUACACCAGGUAUAAAUACCCUUGAGGUUGAAACUAUGGAAGAUGUGGUGCAGGGUUUUAAUAUAGCCAAUGCCUACCGUUCGGUUACCUCAACAAAAAUGAAUGAUUCCAGUUCUCGUUCACAUGCUCUCUUUUUUAUUGAUAUCUUUCAAGUUCCUAUUAAUGUUUGUCCUCAACGUCCAUCACGAGAGCAAUUAAUUGAUGUGAAUGGUAUUCCAAUCAAUGGAAGUGUUAAUGGACUUGUACGAUCACGUAUUGCCUUGGUAGAUUUGGCUGGAAGUGAAAGAGUAAAGCGGUCAGGUGUGGAGGGACAAGCCAUGAUAGAAGCACAGGCCAUUAACAAGUCACUAUCCGCAUUGGGAACUACUAUUAAUGCGAUGUAUGUUGAAAAUGUUCAUAUUCCAUUUCGAGAUUCCAAAUUAACUAAAUUACUGAAGCCAUCGUUUGUAGAUCGCACCUCACGUCUUCUUCUUAUUGGACAAAUAGCACCACCAAGCUGCAGUGCACAGGAAUCACAAGGAACUCUUCGUUUUUGUGAUCGUGUUAAGGGAUUAAAAGCAGGGAAAGUGGUUGGAUUUCUUAAUCCUGAAGAUGAAGAACGUUAUUUACGUUCACUGCGAAUACAGGAAGAAUUACUUGCAGAUCUUCAUAUAGCAGGGGCUAUGUUUUAUUAUCAACCACAACGACCAUCUAUUAUGGCAAAAAUAAAAGGUAUCAGUCUAACAGAAGCCCGUGGUGAAGCUAUAAAUUCUCUUAGUGUAAAUGCAAGUAAUAUUGAAGCUAUUAAAGAAGCUGAAUAUAUACAGUCUCUUGAAUUAAAAUUAGCGCGUGAACAAGAAGAGAUGGAGGUUGCAUUUGUUGAAAAAUCAAAUAGUAUGAUUGAAGAAUAUGAAGCAUUAGCACAUGAAGUAAAAAAAGUAAAGAAGAGUCUUAAACGUCUUACAGAGCAACAAGAGGUAGAAACAGAGGAAAAAGUUGCGGAAGCUAAAAAAGUCAAAAAACAUCGAGUGAAAUUAGAAGAAAAAAUAGAGAAUUAUAAGGUGGCAUUACAAGAACUAAUCCAACAGGAAGAACAACUCACAGAGGCGAGUAAAAUUCCUCUUCAAGAAGAAGAAGAAGAAAAAAAUGAACAACAAUUAGACGAAGGUAUUUUUGAUGAAAAAGAUGAACAAGAUAAAUUAAUUGAUUUAAUUAUCAGGGAAUUUCAUAAUCACUCAACGGAGCUUAACCAACUUCAUGGUCUUUAUGUCCAACGUCUGGCAGCAACACACAGACAAAGAUCUCAGGUACGAAGAGUUAAAAUAUUAAGUUCCGACAUAAUAACAGAAAGUACAUUGGUGUACGACAUCAUUGACUUUGUUAUUGAUCGAGCAGUUGAUAUUGCAGAUGGUGUUAUUGACCCAUUACAUAAAUAUUCAUGGCAUGAUAUUGAUGGUAUUAGUCGUGUCCUUCGAACUGGAGAACAAUGGUAUCCACCAUUAAUUACGGAAGUAAAGAAUGAAUCUGAAAUAUGUGACGCAUCUAUUUAUCAUAAUGUUACGUUUCUCAGUUCUGAUGAGAGUGAUGGGGAGAAUUCGCAUUAUCCCUUGGAAACUCGUAGACGUUUUGUUGAAAAUAAUGGUAUGGAAGGAGAAGACAGUAAUGCUGAUGAGGGUGAUUCUCUUGAUUAUAGUCAGACAUCCGAUACCCCACAACCUCCUAAAGAAAACGCCUGGGCAAAGGCAGAAAAACAAAGAAUAAAUCAUCCACAAAGAAAUAGAAUAGGAUCAACCGAUAAUGGAGAAGAAAGUCAUAUGGAUGAGGACGAAAAUGAUACUCAUAAAGAUUUAACUAAAGGAGGUUCUGCUGGAGAGCAAAAUUCCACUCAAGAUGCUAAUACAGAAUCACCUAAACCUCGACGAAAGGGAGAUCAACAACAUCUUAUGCGUGUAUAUGAUUCACCAUCUUUGGUUCAAGAUUUAAUACGAUUCCUUCGAGGUGGAAGUGUUAUGUUAAAGCAUGGAAGAAGUGGAAAACCCCAUCGUCGUCAUUUCUGGGUUUCUAUAAUUCAAAAUCGACGUAAACUUUUAUGGAUGGAUCCUGCUGCUAAAGCCUCUUCUGAAAGAUCUUCUAUUGAUUUCCGCGAUGUAAGCUACAUUCAACUUGGUAGCUUCAGUAAAGUAUUUAAACGUCAUCCAGUUUCUCCACGAGACCCUGUCUUCUUCCGUAGUUUUACUAUUGGACUAAAGGAUGGUGGCCGUACAGUUGAUAUCGUAGCGGAUAGUGUACCAGACUUUGAGGCGUGGGUUGUGGGAUUGUCCAAUCUGGUUUGUGUAGAUCCUGUCUGGGGUGGGAAACUGGAUAUAACACGAGAAAAGGGUUUUGAAUCUCUUAAUUGUUUUGAGGCAAGUCUGUGCGAAAGCAAUUAUAUUUACCCAUCGCAAUAUAUUAUGCUUAAGAAGCGGGUUCAACGUAAGGCUGAAAGAACAUUACAAGUACUUCAGCAAUGUGGAAACGAUGCACAAAAAGCACAAACAAUUUUAGAAGGCAUUCAUCCACCGGCUCUUAAUGAAAAGGGGGCGUUAUAUCUCACAAAGGGAGAGCUGCGUUUUAUGGGACGUGAAGAGAUGGACAUUAUGCGAAUUACAAAGGUGUGGAUGAUGUUUCAGCAGAUGAAUAUCGUCUAUGAUGAUAAUUUCGUCCCAGCAACGACGUUUGGUAUCACUGAACGUCACUAA